ACCUUGGGCUUCCAGUGGGGAGACCUGAGGUCAACCUAUCCCCUCCCCAUCUCCUAUUUCUGAGUGGGAGACCUUCCCAGCCAGUAGCCUGCCGAGCUCACAAACUAGAAUCAGGGCGCCUACUCCGAUAAGGUUAAUUGACCCACACGGUGACAUGAUAUCAUUGACGUGACUUGCAAACGAGCGAUAGAAAACCGGCAAGAUGACGCCCUGGGCUGCUUGUGGCCUAUACCUAAAUCUGCCACUGCUAACAACCCAGUAAAUUAAAUGAAAGUAUUUACAAGAUAAUGAAUAUUGAGAUGGCAGGGUGUAGAAGUAAGGCCGGGAGUCAAAGGUACCUUGUCGGCAAGCGCACUGCACUUAACUUUUAAAGUUGAAGAAGAUCAAAAGUCCAAUCAAGACCAAUCAUCAAAAAGGCCCAAACUACCAGUGAAACAACUGUCCGCAUUCCGCCAUGUCUUCCAACACCAGUGCUGCCCCCAGUGGAGCGGAGGGAGAACAGCAGCCAGAGCAGACCAUCACCUCCCAGCCAACCAGCGCUGAGCACCAAGAGACAGCCCCUGACUCCAGCCAAUCGGAAUCCAAAGACCACUUGGCAGUAAUCAGCGAGAAGAUGGAGACCAGUAAUGGAAUGUGUGCUGCCGACUUCUCGCCCACAUCUUCCAUCUCGUCCCCAAAGCGACUGCAACACGCCAAACCAACCAACGGCCGGGCGCGGAAAGGAAGCCGCUCUGGGUCCCUGCUGGGUCAUGGGGCAGGGUCUCCCAGGCCUUCCAUCAGCCGUCAGCCCAGCACCGUGACAGAGGAGGACGACGGCAAGCCCCCUAGAGACUACCUAAUUUUGGCCAUCCUGUCCUGCUUCUGCCCCUUGUGGCCGAUCAACAUUGUGGCUCUCGUCUUCUCUGUUAUGUCGAGGAACAGCCUGCAGCUGGGGAACAUAGACGGGGCGCGGCGUCUGGGCCGGAACGCAAUGGUGCUGUCCAUCGUUUCACUAGUUGGCGGGGUCAUCAUCAUCAUCGCAGCCAUCGUCUUAAACUGGGGAAGUAUAAUAAAAUCCUGAGGGUCACCAUGGAAACCAGGAGCAAGAUCACAAGACAAGCACACCAACAACCAUCCCAACCAGACUUUUCCCCUCUCCUACGAUCAAAACACUAUUCUACAAAAGCACCUGCAACCUACAGCAUACCCCUUGGACCCCUUUUUUGCUGCACUAUCAUGUAUGGCCUGUAAUAUGUUCUCUGAAACAGAUAGACAAGUCCGUCACCUCUACCUCCUACACCUCCUACACCUUCCACCAGUGGUGUAGUGCAGGGUAAACGUACGUAAACGUCGUUUACACACAUUUUGCUCCUGUGUUUAUCCACCUUUUGCAGACAAAUGCAUUGAAAGUA